AUGAACGAGAAAGAAAGGACGACCGGUCUUGCCCACAGACUGCCUUUGAGCAAUUCGGAAACCACAGCGCGCUCCAACAGCCCAGUCGUCAACACCAGAGAACCAAAAGACACAACAGAAGAUUUUGUACCUGUGUUCAAGCGUGAGAUUCACGGUCUGAAAUGGGCUUUGACUGUUGGCGCCAUUCUUUCCUGCGUCUUCCUGUACGCCCUCGACACGACGGUGGUGGCAGAUAUCCAGCCAGACAUCAUUGCAUCCCUGGGAGAUUUUCAGAAAUUUCCGUGGCUCGCAACUGCCUACGCCUUGCCCUCCACUGCGCUUGUGCUCAUUCAAUCCAAGACGUACGGGCAUUUUGAUAUCAAGUGGCUCUAUUUCGGCUAUGUUAUCUGCUUUGAGAUCGGCAGUGCAAUUUCUGGUGCCGCCCCCACGAUGGACUCUAUGAUUGUCGGGCGUAUGAUUGCUGGCAUUGGUGGUUGUGGUAUCUAUGUCGGCUCCUUGACCUUUUUCAGCGUGGUCACUACCCCCAAGGAGCGUCCCCUUUACAUUGCUUUGAUCUCUCCUACAUGGGGAGUUGGGACCGUCCUAGGUCCGAUAGUCGGAGGAGGAUUCGCAGAGAGCAGCCUGGGCUGGCGAUGGGGUUUCUACGUCAACCUCUUGAUCUUCGCAGUCGCCGCGCCCAUCUUGAUUUUCAUUCUGCCUUCGAUUAAUUUCGCCAAGGGCCAGUCCAUCAAAGAGAGAAUGAACAAGAUCGAUUGGCUUGGACUGGCCGUCUGGACCGGCUGGUGUGUUUCAUUUUUCAUGGCCAUUAUCUUUGGCGGGACCCUAUUUGAAUGGCAGUCUUACAGCAUGAUCAUUCUUUGGAUUUUCGUGGGUAUACUUGGGAUCGCUUUCUUUCUGACGCACAAGUUCUACCCUUUUGUCAAGAAGGAGAACCGGCUUUACCCGAGUCACAUGCUCAGGAACUUCAAGUUGGGCAUUUUGCAGUUCGCCACAUUCGCGGCCGCGUCGGCUGUUUAUAUUCCCAUCUAUUACAUCCCUCUUUACUUCCAAUUCGCCAGGGGCGAGUCACCCGUGGAAGCCGCUAUUAAGCUCCUGCCUUUUGUCUCCAUGAUAUCCACCGUUGCCAUCCUCAAUGGUAUUUUCAUGUCGAGAUGGGGUUACUAUAUGCCGUGGUUCUUCGUUGGUGCGCUUCUGGCGGUCGUGGGAGGUUCCCUCAUGUACACGGUCUCGAUCGACACGAAAAUAUCGGCAAUCUACGGAUACAGCGUCCUAGUGGGUAUCGGUGGUGGCUGCUUCAUGAUUACUGCCUUUGGUUGCGUCUCGGACAUUGUCAGCCCUAAGGACAUCUUCAACGCCAUCGGUGUCAUCAGUCUUGUCCAGUGCAUUGGUAUCACGCUCUUCCCCUCUCUCAGCGGAAACAUAUUUCAGAAUCUGGGUGCCAAGUAUAUCACCCCAAUUCUACCAUCCAAUUUCGAAGGCGACCCACGCGUGAUCCUUGCUGGUGCGAGCAGUCCUGAGUGGCAGAGUUUCUCUGAAGACGUCCAGAACCGUCUUUCUGGUGCCAUUGUCGACGCCAUGAGCAACGUUUACACUAUGACUAUUGUCGCGAGUGGCAUGACAGCCCUCCUCUCGCCUUUUUUGGGGUUUCGCAAAGUGAGCGCUUAG